AUGGGCAGCCUGCGGAAAUCCCUUCUCGGCGUCAGCUCCCAUCUCUGUGUGGAGUUCCGUAGGGGGUACUGGUCUAGCCAGAACGCGUCAUGGUGCCCACGAGGAAACCGACCCAACGCAAUUGUAAAUACAUAUUGCACUGCAUUCUUAUUGCUCGUCACGGGCUCCUCAACGCACCCCAGCCUGUCAGACUUGACGAAUAUCGAAAUCAUCCUAGAAAACCUGGACAACACGCUCUCCCCAAGCGUCUCGUCCAGCGUUCUGGUCCACAGCGGCUCUGUAAAUGAACACGCUGAGACCAUCCUCCGGGCCGAGAUCAAGCGCCUCACCUCAUCAAAGGCAGCGCGACCGUCAUCUACAGGUCGGACAUUCAGCGGCGCGCUCGCCGACCUAGACGCAUUGUUCUUCACAUUGAACCUCGUUUCCAAUAUCCACGUAGCGAGCGGUACCUUUGGUACUCAUCGAGUCGGAAGUGGAUAUUACACGCAUAUACAACAAAAAGAGCCUGAUCCUCAUUGUGCUUGGAGCGCGCUGGGUUUCCAUCAACUGCAGAUGGAGAUCCACGUCAUGGACAAGUCAGACAACCACUGCCUCGUUGCGUGCCUCGGCAACGAGAAGAAUGCAUUUUCGCCACCGUCCCGCUCGUCUGACAUCCUGGGCCACCUAGGCCCAUAUUACGAUGACAUCUACAUUGGUACCAUCCACUGCACGUAA